UCGGAAGCAGCGUCCGAAGGGGCUGGAAGGCAGAGCCGAGGAGGGCGGGGAGACGUUACGUUGACGCUGGCGUGACCCAGCCCGAGAAUUUGGCGGGAUCUCCGAAAGUUGCAGUACUCCGCGCGCGCAGUGGCCUGAAACCGAGAUCUGAGGAGAGCGGAGACGCACCCGGAGGGACGCAGUUGGGAGCUGAGUUUCGCCUGGGUUGUGUGCAGAAGGCCGGAACAAGGGAGUAGAGAAGUGGGCAGGAAUCGAAGGGGUCUGGAGUCCGUCCCGGCCGGGCGCGGACCGAGCCAGCGGACAGAAGUCGGGGCGCGCAGCCAGUGGGAGCGAGGAGCGCUGCGUACCAGGGUGAGGGUGUUAGGCGCGGACUCGGUUCCUUUUUGCCUCAGGUAUUGAAUGCUGAGUAAUGGCUAUGCAAAUGCAGCUUGAAGCAAAUGCAGAUACUUCAGUGGAAGAAGAGAGCUUUGGCCCACAACCUAUAUCUCGAUUAGAGCAAUGUGGCAUAAAUGCCAAUGAUGUGAAGAAAUUGGAAGAAGCUGGGUUCCAUACUGUGGAGGCUGUUGCCUAUGCACCAAAAAAGGAACUAAUAAAUAUUAAGGGGAUUAGUGAAGCCAAAGCUGAUAAAAUUCUGACUGAGGCAGCCAAGUUAGUUCCAAUGGGUUUCACUACUGCAACUGAGUUCCACCAAAGGCGAUCAGAGAUCAUACAGAUUACUACCGGCUCCAAAGAACUUGACAAACUACUUCAAGGAGGAAUUGAGACUGGAUCAAUUACAGAGAUGUUUGGAGAAUUCCGAACUGGGAAGACUCAGAUCUGUCAUACAUUGGCUGUAACAUGCCAGCUUCCCAUUGACCGAGGUGGAGGAGAAGGAAAGGCCAUGUACAUUGACACUGAAGGUACUUUUAGGCCAGAAAGGCUGCUAGCAGUGGCUGAGAGAUAUGGUCUCUCUGGCAGUGAUGUCCUGGAUAAUGUAGCAUAUGCUCGAGGGUUCAACACAGACCACCAGACCCAGCUCCUUUAUCAAGCAUCAGCCAUGAUGGUAGAAUCUAGGUAUGCACUGUUAAUUGUAGACAGUGCCACUGCCCUCUACAGAACCGACUAUUCGGGUCGAGGGGAACUUUCAGCCAGGCAGAUGCACCUGGCCAGGUUUCUGCGGAUGCUUCUGCGACUUGCUGAUGAGUUUGGUGUAGCAGUGGUGAUCACCAACCAGGUGGUAGCCCAAGUGGAUGGAGCAGCCAUGUUUGCUGCAGAUCCUAAAAAACCUAUUGGAGGAAAUAUCAUUGCUCAUGCCUCAACAACCAGACUGUAUCUGAGGAAAGGAAGAGGGGAAACCAGAAUCUGCAAAAUCUACGAUUCUCCCUGUCUUCCUGAAGCUGAAGCUAUGUUUGCCAUCAAUGCAGAUGGAGUGGGAGAUGCCAAAGACUGAUUCAUUGGGGCUUUUCCUGUGAUAAAGCUUAAGUGCUACAGCCUAAUGGAGAGGACUGCUCCCUGGGGCUUCUUCACAGGCCUCUUCCUGUUUUCCUGCCAGAAAAAGGCUUCUGGAAAAACACCUAUUCUAUCAGCUUUUGGGAUGGUGUAAACAGGAGACAGGUCAGUAGUCACAAACUGAUCUGAAAUGUUUA